CUUUUUCCUCACGGGUCAGGUUUAGUCCACACGUCCAACCCUCCAAAAGACUUGGACUCUUCAGGGAACAAACGGGUUUCCCUUUUUUUCACGAGAGCCCGUUUACCUUCAGUCUGAGCGUCUGCUGGGCGGAGGGACUGUGGAGUUUCUUCACGACGAAAAACCAAUUGAUUUUUUUCGCUCAUGGCAGUGCAGAAAUAAUUGACAAUAAUCUGGAUUGAGUAAAAAAGGAGCGAUUUUGAAAUUAAGACGCAGUUGAGGGGCUUCGGUCAUGGAUAAGGAUAAGGAAAGGUGGUCCACGAGAUGGAAAACGAAAAAGUGUCCCAGAAACUCCGUUUUAAGUGCAAUCUUCAGUCUGAUAUUUGUCCUACAGGCAACACAAGUGAGAGCAGCUGAACCCGUGGAUGUGCUCAAGGUCUUAGAUUUUAAAAGUUCACCUGAAGGAGUGAAGAAAACACCAGGCUUCUGCACCAUCCGGAGAGGAUCCAAACCAGAUGUGGCCUACCGAGUGGACAAACGGGCCCAAAUCAGCGCCCCAACCAAGCAGCUCUUCCCAGGAGGAGUAUUCCCAGAGGAUUUUUCUAUCCUUAUGACUAUCAAGCCAAAAGCGGGAGUACAGUCCUUCCUUUUGUCGGUGUACAACGAGCAGGGCAUCCAGCAGCUGGGUGUGGAGGUGGGCCGCUCUCCGCUCUUCCUGUAUGAGGAUCAGCAUGGGAAACCUGCUCCUGAGGAUUACCCCCUUUUCCGUGCCAUCAACCUCGCAGAUGGAAAGUGGCACCGUGUGGCUUUUAGCAUCGAGAAGAAGACUGUCACGAUGAUUGUGGACUGUAAGAAGAAGAUCUCUAAACCACUCAGCAGAAGUGACCAUGCAAUCAUCAACACAGAUGGCAUCGCUAUCUUCGGCACCAGAAUCCUGGACGAAGAAGUUUUUGAGGGGGACAUCCAGCAGCUUCUUCUUGUAGCGGACCCUCGUGCAGCCUACGACUACUGUGAACACUACAGCCCUGACUGUGAAACCCCUCACCAGGACACUCCACAGGCCCAGGAACCCGAGGAAGAGUACAAUCCCGAAUACUCAGAUGCAUAUGGGUUCUAUGAAUACACAGAUGAAGUGACUGCCACUGAAAAUCCCACUGACAACGUUCGUACUGACACCAAGCCCAGCACUGUCGACACUGGAGACUACUACAUUGAGCAGGAUUACGGCACUGAAGCUCCUUCUGUUUCCAAUCCAGCCAAUGAGAAUCCAUUGCCAAAAGAGGAAAUAGUAGACGACUACAUUACAGGCGUAGAACAAGUUGGAGUGGAUGCCACCGCUGCCACUGAGGAGAAUGUGAAAUAUGUGGAGUCCAGAAGCACAAAUGGAGGUGAAGCUGAGGACUUUAAAGAAUAUGACCUUAACACAUAUGAUGGAAAAGAGAUAGACCCCAGCAAUUAUGAUGAUUCCUUCUAUGACUACACUAACGGAGCCAAACCCACUGGAAACCCAACCUAUGAGGACGAGAUUGGACCUGGACGACCUGCUGAAACUGAGGUCACUGAGAGCAAUGUUGGUGGUGGUUAUGGUGGAGAGAAGGGGCAGAAAGGUGAACCUGCAGUCAUUGAGCCGGGGAUGCUUAUAGAGGGACUCCCAGGACCACCGGGGCCCGCCGGGCUCCCCGGCACUCCAGGAAUUCAAGGCUCCCCGGGCCUCCACGGAGAUCCAGGUGAAAGAGGUCCUCCUGGUCGUCCAGGUUUGCCAGGCGGAGAUGGAGCUCCGGGGCCUUCUGGCACCAUCCUCAUGUUGCCGUUCCGCGCCGGUGGAGAAUCUUCAAAAGGCCCGGUGGUGUCGGCACAAGAAGCUCAGGCCCAAGCCAUCCUCGCCCAGGCGCGGUUGACUAUGAGGGGACCACCUGGUCCAAUGGGAUUGACAGGACGCUCCGGCCCUGUGGGUGGUCCUGGUGCACCUGGUGCUAAAGGGGAAAGCGGAGAUUCUGGCCCACAGGGACCUAGAGGACUUCAAGGCCCUACUGGUUCACCUGGAAAAGCAGGCAAGAGGGGCCGAAAUGGAGCAGAUGGAGCCAGAGGAAUUCCUGGAGAAUCGGGAGCCAAGGGCGACCGAGGAUUUGAUGGCCUUCCUGGUCUACCUGGUGAAAAAGGACACAGAGGCGAGCAAGGUCCUAUCGGCCCACCAGGCUCUCCAGGAGAGGAUGGACCGAGGGGUGAGGAUGGUGAGAUCGGACAGAGAGGAAUGCCAGGAGAAAGUGGUCCAAGAGGUCUGCUGGGCCCCAGAGGAUCUCCUGGUACUGCUGGCCAGCGUGGUCUGACUGGUUUGGAUGGACCACCUGGCCCUAAGGGAAACAUGGGUCCUCAAGGAGAGCCUGGACCUUCUGGUCAACAGGGGAACACUGGUCCACAUGGUCUGCCUGGUCCUCAAGGCCCCAUCGGUCCACCUGGAGAGAAAGGUCCCGGUGGGAAACAGGGUCUCCAUGGACUGGCUGGAGCUGAUGGGCCUCCUGGUCAUCCAGGGAAAGAGGGUCCUCCCGGGGACAAAGGAGCAGCUGGCCAGCCAGGUCCCCAGGGGUCCAUUGGCUAUCCCGGGCCUAGAGGUGUGAAGGGUGCUGAAGGCGUCCGAGGCCUGAAAGGAGGCAAAGGCGAGAAGGGAGAAGAUGGUUUCCCUGGGUUCAAGGGAGACAUGGGCCUCAAGGGUGACAAGGGAGAGGUCGGUGUGAUUGGUCCCAGAGGAGAAGAUGGACCAGAGGGGCCGAAGGGUAAAUCAGGUCCCAGUGGAGAGGCCGGUCCAAUGGGCACAGCAGGAGAGAAGGGAAAACUUGGUGUUCCAGGUUUGCCUGGCUAUCCAGGAAGGCAAGGACCAAAGGGCUCUACUGGUUUCAUCGGCUUCCCUGGAGCCAAUGGUGAGAAAGGAGGACGGGGUAUUGCUGGUAAAGCGGGUCCAAGAGGACAAAGAGGUCCAACGGGUCCCCGUGGUGGAAGAGGUGCCAGAGGUCCAACAGGAAAACCCGGAGCUAAGGGAACAUCAGGAAAUGAUGGACCAUCUGGUGGCCCAGGAGAGAGAGGACCCCAAGGACCUCAAGGACCUGUUGGAUUAACCGGCCCGAAAGGCCCACCUGGGCCUCCUGGAAAGGACGGACUGCCCGGUCACCCUGGACAGCGAGGAGAGACUGGUUUCCAAGGCAAGACUGGACCUCCUGGACCUGGAGGUGUUGUUGGCCCACAGGGCUCUACGGGAGAAACUGGUCCUGUUGGAGAAAGAGGGCAUCCUGGAUCCCCAGGACCCCCUGGAGAGCAAGGUCUCCCUGGAGCUGCUGGCAAAGAAGGUGGAAAGGGUGAUCCAGGUCCUCAGGGGAUUUCAGGGAAACCUGGCCCUGCUGGAUUGAAAGGGUUUCCAGGACAAAGGGGGCUUCCUGGCGCAGCGGGUCUGUCAGGUCUGAAGGGAGGCGAGGGUCCGCAGGGUCCACAAGGCCCUAACGGAUCCCCGGGAGAGAGAGGACCCGCUGGACCAGGAGGACCCAUUGGUCAAACAGGACGCAACGGUCCCCAGGGACCCCCAGGACCUGCUGGAGAGAAGGGUGGUCCGGGUGAAAAAGGUCCCGCUGGUCCUGCCGGUCGGGAUGGCAUCCAGGGUCCAGUCGGACUCCCAGGCCCAGCCGGACCUCAAGGUCCACCUGGAGAGGAUGGUGACAAGGGGGAAGUUGGAGAACCUGGUCAAAAAGGAAGCAAAGGUGACAAGGGUGAACACGGUCCUCCAGGUCCAGCAGGUCCACUGGGUGUCGUCGGAGCUCCAGGUCCUGCUGGAAGUGAUGGAGAAUCUGGACCCAGAGGUCAGCAGGGGAUGUUUGGGCAGAAGGGAGACGAGGGGCCCCGAGGUUUUCCAGGUCUUCCUGGUCCCGUUGGAUUGCAGGGUUUGCCGGGACCACCAGGCGAGAAGGGAGAGAAUGGAGAUGUUGGCCCAAUGGGUCCACCCGGUCCUCCUGGCCCUAGAGGUCCUCAGGGUCCCAGUGGAGCUGAUGGUGCUCCUGGUCCUCCUGGAGGUAUUGGCGCAAUGGGUGGAAAUGGUGAAAAGGGUGAGACCGGAGAGGCAGGUAAUCCAGGACCACCAGGAGAGCCGGGUUCACUUGGACCCAAAGGUGAGCUUGGAGAGAAAGGAGAAGCUGGUCCUCCUGGAGCUGCAGGACCUGCCGGUGGAAGAGGACCUCCUGGAGAUGACGGUCCCAAAGGAAACCCAGGUCCUAUCGGCUUUCCUGGAGAUCCAGGUCCCCCUGGUGAGCCCGGAGUUGGUGGACUGGAUGGACUUCCUGGAGACAAGGGAGACGAUGGAGAUGCCGGUCAGCCUGGUCCACCCGGUCCAUCUGGAGAAGCUGGUUCUCCAGGACCCCCUGGAAAGAGAGGUCCCGCUGGCCCAGCUGGUACAGAAGGCAGACAAGGAGAAAAGGGUGCAAAGGGUGAAGCCGGUGCUGAGGGACCAGGGGGCAAAACUGGGCCUGUGGGCCCCCAGGGACCUCCUGGAAAGUCUGGUGCUGAAGGCUUACGUGGCAUUCCUGGGCCUGUGGGUGAACAGGGACUUCCUGGAGCUGCAGGCCAAGACGGACCUCCUGGACCAUUGGGUCCUCCGGGUCUUCCUGGCUUGAAAGGUGACCCUGGUUCUAAGGGUGAGAAGGGUCAUCCAGGUUUGAUUGGUCUGAUUGGUCCUCCUGGUGAGUCUGGAGAAAAAGGAGAUCGAGGACUGCAAGGACCGCAGGGUAUUGGCGGAGGCAAGGGUGAUGCUGGUCCCGCUGGUUCAUCUGGUCCUGUCGGUCCACCAGGUCCUCCUGGUAUUCCUGGCACACAAGGACAGAAAGGAUCCAAAGGAUCAUCCGGUCCAGCUGGACAAAAAGGAGAGCCUGGCUUGUUAGGACCACCAGGUCCUCCGGGCCCAGCUGGUGACAUCAUCCAGUCUCUACCCCUCCAGAUGAACAAAAAAGCAAAGAGGUCAUCUGACGUUCAGGAUGAUGAAGCAGCACCAAUAGCAGAUUAUGGUAUGGAGGGAAUGGAAGAUGUGUUUGGAUCCCUCAACACCCUCAAGCAGGACAUCGAACGCAUGAAGUUCCCAUUGGGAACCCAGGAUAAUCCAGCCAGAACCUGCAAAGACCUGCAGCUCAGCCAGCCAGACUUCCCUGAUGGAUAUUACUGGAUCGAUCCAAAUAUGGGAUGCAUAAGCGACGCCUUCAAAGUGUACUGUAACUUCACUGCCGGAGGAGAAACUUGCAUUUACCCUGAUAAGAAGUCCUCAGGGGUUAGAAUAUCAAACUGGCCAAAGGAGUCCCCAGGAUCUUGGUUUAGUGAAUUCAAGCGAGGAAAAAUCUUGUCUUAUGUGGAUGUUGAGGAGAGCUCCAUAAACUCAGUCCAGAUGACGUUCCUCAAGCUGCUGAGCUCUUCUGCCCGGCAGAACUUCACAUACAUAUGCCAUCAGUCCGUGGCCUGGUACGACGCCAAGGCUGACAACUAUGACAAGGCUCUGCGUUUCCUGGGCUCCAACGAUGAGGAAAUGUCCUAUGACAACAACCCCUUCAUCAAGGCUCUUUCAGACGGCUGCUCGCUGAAGCAGGGCUAUUCUAAAUCUGUGAUGGAAAUCAACACCCCGCGCAUCGAGCAGGUGCCCAUCAUCGAUGUCAUGUUGAAUGACUUUGGGGAGUCCAGUCAAAGGUUUGGUUUCGAGGUUGGUCCCGUCUGCUUCCUCGGCUAAAGGAAACCUCCCUCUACCUUCAUGCCAAAGGCCAAGGAGUGCGGCCCACCAAGAGACCCCCAACCCACUCCCCCCUCCUCGCGCCACAAACACACACACACCAGCAGCAACACUGUGGAAUAUUCAUCAUCCCGGCGCAGUUGGAAUCAAACAGAGAGAGGACACGAACUGGUGGACAAUGGCGCACUUUCAGGAGAAGGAGGACCCAUUCUUCUACAUCUCUCCUCUGUAGGAUCUUUUCACAUUUCCAAACUCGUGUUUUUUUUUCUCUCUACUUGAAGCCUUGAGAUGUUUUUAUUUGUCCCAUUACAUGCUUAACCCCAGCACCAUUCAUGCUUGAUUAACCCUCGCCCAGUCCAAGUAAUUCCCAUUUGUUUACCCAGUUUCCUUUAUGGAUCCUCCUCCAGGUGCUGCUCAGAGAAAGACAACCACAGUGGUGUGCUCUUGUUGUAAACACCCAAACACUCACGGUGCUAUUGAACGUGCAUUUUUUAUUAUUUUUUUUGUCAGUUUUUUUGGGAUAAAACUGUAAUUAUUGUUUUGUACAAUACUGUUCUUUCUCAAUUGCCAUUAAAGGGAUAGUUCACCCCAAAAAAUGAACAUUGUUAUCAUUUAAUGACCCCUAUUUGUUCUGAACAUGCACUGUAAAUCUAUUUUGGUAACACUUUAGAAUAAUGGUGUUAAUUACUGCAUCUACUAAUAUGAACAAACAAUUAGUGAUACAUUUAUUACAGUAUUUAUUCAUCUUUUUUAACAAUAGUUAAUGUUAUUUAAGUUAAAUAACGUUAGUUAAUGUAACUCAUGGUGCAUUUAACUAAUGUUAACAAGAACUUUAGAUUUUAAUAAUGCAUUAAUUAAUGUUGAACUAUGAUUAAUAAAUGCUAUACCAGAUUAUUCAUACUUAAUGUUAGUAAAUACAUUAACUAAUGGACCACUAUUCUAAAGUGUCACCAUAAUUUUAAACAAAUCAACAAAAAUUGUUGCAUUUUUUAUUUUUUAAGUUGACUCAAAUUAACUUUUCAAGUCACUUUUACUUACAAAACAUCAAACUUCAAGAUAACGUUAGUAUAACUUACAAAAUAAACUUAUUAAAAUGGACUUAUUUUAUUAAAUUGAUAUAACUAAAAUGUUCCGUUGUUUCUUUCACAAAAGAAGGUAUUCUCAAAACAAUUCACAGUAGCCAUUGUCCUCCAUAGUAUUUUCUUUAUUACUAUGGAAACAUUCUUCUGAAUAUCUUCUAUUGUGUUCAACAGAAGAAAGAACCUUAUACGGUACAUGUUCAGAACAGGUUAAGGGUGAGAAAAUGUGAAUAGUUUUCCAUUUUGGGGUGAACUUCACCUUUAAAUCUUGCAUGUGUAUCAAAACUGAUGUGAUGAAAUAUAAAGAAUCUUUUUCUUUAGUAUUUUUUGUUUGCUUAUGUUUGAAAGCAACGGAUUUCACUCAAUCAAGUGUUCCUGCCAACUAUAAAAUAAAACAAGCAUUUCAAACCAUCCAAAAUUUGUAAUUAUAAAGUAUCCGGUUUGUAAAUAUUGACCCAUUUUAGCACUUGGAGUUUCCAUUUUAUCAAGCGAAGUGAAGUAUUAACUGGAUAAGCCGAAUGUCCGCUAUAGUGUUCAUGUGGUAGCGGUGAUGCUGUGCGAAUCAGUGACUCUACAAUGCUAAAGAAACUUGAUGAAAACUAACUUGAUGUCAGAUUGAACUUUUUGACCGUAUACCUCAAUUUCUUCAAACACGUAUCCAAUUCAACCCUGUACAUACAGAGCCUUGGUUAGAAAAUCAAGUUUAUAUAUUUGAGGCAGGGAAUUUUCAAAUAAUAAAAAAAGGCUAUUUGUUAAACAUUUGUUUGGUUAUUUUGUGAUCGAUUAUCCCAUUUAGCUCUGAAAACCGGAGGUGCUCUUCAUCAAUAUUAUAUACAGAUUCUGGACAGUAUUGUAUUAAAAGUGAUAAUUGUUUACUCUUUGUAUGAAUCAUAUUUGUAUGGUUCACUUAGUUUUUCUGUGCUGUAUGUGCAAAAUCUUCAUUUCUCUUCAUAUUUAAAGUUUCUGUGGUAAAAUGUGUUCAGGUUGUGUGCUUCUGUAAUGCUUUAGAUUGCUUGAUUUUCUUUGUUUUCUUUUUGUUUUGUUUUGUUUUGCAGUUCUGUCUGUGUUCCUGAAAAUCCUUCAAAUAUAUAUGAUGAUAGACUCGGAACUCACACAUCUGUGUAUCAUACUUAUAAUUUAUGUAAAACUUGGAAUAAAUGAUCGAUUACGUUUCAAGUAGA